AUGGGUGCCCUGUGGUUGGCACUGCUUCUGGUGCUGCUCUUCUUUCACCUGGGGCUUUUGGCAUGGGUUAUCUUUGAGCACUUCCUCACUACAGACGUCCCCGCUGCCCUACAGCAUCGAAUCAAGUUCCGAAUUCUGCACUGUGUGUUCCUGUAUUUUGUGACAUUGGGCAGCAUACUCGAGAAGCUGCAUAUCUGUUCCAUGCCCAAAUUUUUCCGUUUUUUUCAAGACCAUGCAUUUUCACGGAGAGACCCUGCACUUAAGAUAACCAAUCUACGUUUUGGGACAAUACGUGUGAGACUGUACCAGCCUAAGGCAGAAUCCUCCAAGCCCAGGAGAGGAAUCCUCUUCUUCCACGGAGGGGGCGGCAUGUUUGGAGGCCUGGAUUGUUUCUACACUGUGUGCUGCUUUCUGGCUCGAGAGACCGACUCUGUGUUGUUAGCAGUUGGAUACCGCAUGUAUCCUGACCACGGCGUCCUUACCAUGGGGCAAGACUCUUUAAAUGCCUCUGUUUACUUUAUGAAGAACCUGAAAAACUAUGGGGUAGAUCCCAACCGGGUUUUGGUCUGUGGAGAAAGCAUCGGAGGCACACUUGCUACUGUCAUAGCACAGGCCUUUGUGAAUAAGUCACCUUUUCUCCCCGAUUCCUUCAUGGAUCUAUCUGAUCUUCCCCGGAUCCGAGCACAGAUCCUUAUCUAUCCGUUUCUCCAGGCGCUCAAUUUUCAGCUACCAUCCCAUCAGCAGAACCAAAAUAUCCCGUUCCUCAAGCGGAAGCUUAUACUAAAUUAUACGUGCAGCAUUAUGGACAUUAACCAGACCUGGAAGGAUGCCAUUUGGAAGGGUGAGUUCGUUCCCCCGGAAAUCUGGAAGAAGUACCAGAAGUGGCUCAGUGAUGAGAACAUACCCAAGAAGUUCAAGAAGAGGAACUACCGACCGGUGACUCACAGGACUUUUAAUGAGGCUGCCUAUCUGGAGGCCUCGAGACUUUGCCAUGUAAAACACUCACCCUUAACAGCAGAUGAUGAGGUCAUCGCUCAACUUCCAGAGACCUUCAUUUUGAGCUGUGAAUAUGACCUAGUCCGAGAUGACUCCAUCCUCUACAAGAAGAGACUGGAGGACCACGGGGUCCCUGUGACGUGGUACCACGUGGAGGAUGGCUUCCAUGCAUCCCUAAUCUUGUUCGAUAAGAAGCCUUUUUCUUUCCCGUGCUCUGUGGAAAUUAUGAAUGCUGUGGUCAGUUACAUAAAGGGCAUUCACUAG